UACGGGUUUGGCAGCCUCUACAUUCUGCAGGAGUCUCUAAUGAAGUGUCUUUCCUGAACACGUAAGGAGAACAGUUACAGCAGAAGAGACUGGAAACAUGAACCAUGGUCUCCAUUCUGGUAUCUUUAACAUGAUAAACCUUAUGCUGAUGAGCCAUCAACCAGCGCUGGAAUUUGCUUACUCACAAUCAACACUAUGUGGGAGUUUCACUGUUGAAUGCAAUUGAAGAGGACAAGCCAUUAGAGGAAUGGCAAUAUCUAAGAAUGGCUUGACCAUCUUUGCCCUUCUUGUGACACUUGUUAUUUUGAAAACAGGGAACAUCUUUGAAUUUUCAUGUCUGGUUUCACUGGAACAUGACAAAGAAGAACACUUUCUACCUCACACCAGACAAAGAAGAAAUGUUCUUACAGAUCAAUGGAAUUACAUGAUAGAUGUUGUAGUGAAUGCCUCUGAUGUAGAGGCAUUUGAGCAGAUUCGGUCUUCCUUGAAUGGUACUGCUCUUCCUAUACAACUUGAUAACAACACAGAGAUCUCUGACAUUAGCAUCACAACAGUGUGUUCCUCAACUGACACUGGCUUCCAGUGUAGAUGUGAGGAACGAUUUGCUUGGCCGUACAGCACCUGUAUCACAUAUGGAGCCUGUGAUUCCAUAUCCAGUGGUAUCUGUAAAUGCAUCAAUGGCAUUCCAGCUGGCGGACAGUCCUGUCAGCCUAUAUCAGCGCUGCUAGCUCAGGUUGAGUAUGAAGUAGAUGUGGAGCUGAAUGUGACAGAUGUUGGGACAGUGGACUACCUUCGGAGCUUACUGAACAAUGGCAGCUUUUCCCUGACUCUGGAGCCUGUUGUGAAUGUCACAUACAUUGACAUCACCACAGUGUGUUACACAAAUGGCUCCAACUUCCAGUGCAGAUGUGAGGAUCCUUACAUCUGGUCCUAUCAAAACUGUAUUGCAUAUGGAGCCUGUGAUGAGAUCACUGAUGGCACAUGCACAUGUAUCAACAGUAUCCCAUCCAACGGGCAAUACUGCCAGCCAAGGACAGAAGUUGUCCAGCUGCAUGAAUACAUGCUUGAAGUGGAAAUCAGUAUCGGUGACAUUGCAGUGGUAGAACAACUAAGGGACACUUUGGAGAACAUCGAUUUUCCUGUUAGACUCAGCAGCACAAUCAACAUCACACAAAUUACCCUAAUAUUUACAGUGCCUCCAAUUAUUUAUGAAUAUGAGAUUUUCAUUGAGGUGAACACUACAGAUGCAGAUCAUUUGAGAAACACCCUGGAAAACAUAACUUUUCCGCUUCAAAUCAGCGAGCAAGUAAACAUCUCAGAUGCUGAUAUAACUACAGAUCUUACAUUAUGUCCUCUGACAACAACUGCACCAUCAACAGGUAACGCAGAGCAGAUGCCAUCAGAUGACACCAACAAGAAUGUUUAUCUAUGA